GGACUGUCUGUGCAAUAUACACAUUACAAGGAUACACCCGACUGCAAGGGCUAUGCAAUUACUGUCUGUUCAUUUGGCAAGGGGAUAAACCUUUUACAAACUUUUGGCAAACAGAAGAUGCCAUGAUCCAAAUCCUCACAUUUCUUCUCUGUCUUGGACUGAGUCUGGACCGCAAGAACCCAGUGCUGGCAGGGGGCCUCUUUAAGCCCACACUCAGAGCUGUGCCAAGGAAUGUGGUAACCAUUGGGAAUCAGGUAACUAUAAUUUGUGAAGGUCCCUUAGAUGCCAAGGAAUAUCAUCUCUAUAAAGAUGGAAAACCAGACUCCCAGAUACCACCAACUCAUCAAGACACUGAGGAAAAAGGCAAGUUAUUUAUCUCAUCGAUUGAAAGUCACAAUGCAGGCCAAUAUUCAUGUUACUACAAAAACCCUGCUGGUACAUCAGAACAAAGUGACAUCCUGGAACUGGUUGUGACAGGAGUAUACUCCAUCAAAGUCAUUCUGUCAUCUCUGCCCAGUCCUGUGGUGCCUUCCAAAAGUUACAGGAUUCUUCAGUGUUCUUCACAAGAAAAAUAUGACAGUUUCAUUCUAAUGAAGGAAGAUCAGAAAUUCUCCAGUUCCAUGGCCUCAAAGAACACAAACACCAGACUAUUUCACGCCCAGUUCCCAGUAGGUCCUGUAAGCCACAUCCAGAGAUGGAUUUUCACAUGCUAUGGCUAUUACAAGAACAGCUCCCAGCUGUGGUCAUUACCCAGUAACCACCUAGAACUCCUGGUCUCAGGUAUCUAUAACAAACCCACCCUGUCUGCACUGCAGAACCCUAUUGUAACCUUAGGAGGAUCUGUGAACCUCUCAUGUGUCUCAAAUCAGAGAUAUAACAGUUUCAUUCUAAUUAAGGACAAGCAAUUCUCCAGUUCCAUGGACUUACAAUAUAUAUAUACUGGGAUGUCUCCAGCCAUAUUCCAAGUUGGUCCCAUCACAAUCAGUGAAAGAUGGAGGUUCAGUUGCUAUGGCUAUUACUCAAGCAAGCCUCAUGUAUUGUCAGAAGGGAGUGACAUCCUGGAGCUUCUAGUUUCAGGGACCCUUCAGAAACCCACCAUCAAGGCUGAGCCAGGCUCUGUCAUCACAACAAACAAUUCUGUGACUAUCUUUUGUGAGGGAAACAUGAAAAACCAAAUAUAUUUCCUGUAUAAAGAAGGAAGCCCAAUAAUUCGGCACAGAUUAAUUGAACCGGGGCAAUACUACAAGGUCAAUUUUUUCAUCUCAUCCAUAACACAGUAUCAUGCAGGGCGGUAUCGCUGUUACUGUUAUAAUGUGGAUGGAUGGUCUCAUCACAGUGACUCCCUGGAGUUGGUGGUGACAGGUGUCCACCAUGAUAAACCUAUUCUGUCAGCUUUGCCCAGCCCUAUGGUAAAAUCAGGUAUGAAUGUGACACUCCAGUGUGUCUCAUCAAAAGAAUAUGAUUGCUUUAUUGUGACUACUGAAGAUAAGAAUUUCUCCAGAUCACUCAAGGCACAAUACAUACAUAGUGGACAGUCCCAGGCUCUGUUUCCUGAGAUCUCUGCAACAUACAGAAAACAUGGACCUUUUAGAUGUUAUGGAUACUACAAGAGUAAACCAUAUAUAUGGUCAGAGGCCAGUGAACCUCUGGAGAUAUAUGUCUCAGGACUAUCCAAGAAGCCCUCCCUUCUGACAAAGCAAGGACCUAUUCUGACCCCUGGAGAGAACCUGACCCUGCAGUGUUGUUCAGACAUGAGUUAUGACAGAUUUGCUCUGUCCAGGGAGGGUGGAAGUUACCUCUCACAGAUGUAUGCCCAUCAUACCAGGGAUGGAGAGUCUCAUGCCAAUUUCACCUUAGUUUCUGUUAAUUUCUCCACUGGUGGCAGGUAUAGAUGCUUUGGUUCACACAACUUCUCUUCUGAGUGGUCAGCCCCUAGUGAUCCUCUGGACAUCUUAAUCACAGCAUCUUCUGAGAAUGUCACUGUAUCACAAAACAUGUCCAAACCAAAAACAGCCUCAGAGUCACAGGAAUAUCACACAGUGGAGAACGCCAUCAGGAUGGGGAUGGCCAGCUUUAUCCUUGUAUUCCUUGGAAUACUGGUGUUCAGAGCUUGUCAGAGCUGUAGACAGAUUCAACAUGCAAAUGGAUUGUCAGUGGGGGAUACGGAAUUGCAUCUUUUGCAGUGUCAUGGACUGGACAAUAAAUAAGAGGAUUCACGUUGGCUUUGUAAGAAAAUACAGUGAUCAAAUUGAAGAACUGCUAUCAGAAAACAUACCAGGCAUGAGUGUGAAUUGAGUGCAAGGAAAACAUCUGGCUGUUGGGGUAGAGGGCUCGUUCCCCACCAAUUACAGUUACUCUCUUACAUUUUGUCAAGGAAUUUUGCUGACCAGUGCUCCUUUCUCCUCAUCUAAUGACAUGGGGCAACAUUGUGCAUAAAGCAGGGUUGGCCUCUCAUUUUGUACAUAUUUUGCUUUGUUUUGAUUUCUUAUAAUGCUUGCUAUUACUUUUAAAUUGCUAUAUUCCCAUAUGCAUUAUGAAUUUCCAAUUCUUUUCUACUGAUAACAAAAUACUUGGCACAGUUGCAAUAAACAUCAGCGGAAAUGAAUCUCCCCCAGAGUGAAAAAUAUGUGACAUAAUUCAAACUCUUCUUGUAGGCUUUGGACAUUCAGUUCUCACCAUAUGUUCAUUGUGUGACUUUUCUUAACAUGGAAAAGAUUACCAAUUAUAUACAACUGUUAGAAGAAACUCACUGGUAGGACACAGUUAACGUGGAUUUGAAAUCAUUACUUUUAAAAGCAAAGUUCUGAUGUAAAGUAUUUUAUGAUUAUUCUAUACAUUACCUUUAUUAUCAUUUUAAAUACAUUUAAUUAUUUGGGUUGUGUGGGGAGUAGAGGGUAUGCUUAUGUGUGUAAACAUGCCAUCAUAUGCCUGCAGAUGUCAGAGGCAUCAAAUCUCUUCUUCCAUCAUGAAAGAGGCCUGAAUCAAUCAUAGGUCAUUAGAAUUGGCAGUCAGCUUUUAUACACAGAGGUGUCUUUUUGACUAAAUGUUUUACUGCCAAUGAAUGAAGUUCAGAAGUAAUAUAUUAACAUGGUAAAAGAUACAGAAGUAGUGUCAUGGAUCUCUAAUCCGUACUGAAAUAUUGAGAGCUUGUGCUGGGUAGCAUGCAUUUGGAGAUGGGCCUUAGGCUUCCUAAUAGAUAAAAAAAUUAUUCCAACCCUAAAUUUAUGUCCUCAAAACUCUGUCUACCAGGAAGGAUCAUAUAGAUCUCAGAGGCACAGGCACCUGGUAAAAAUAUAAAAUUUAUGUCAUUAUUCUGAAAAGAUGGAUCUACUCAGAACUGUUUACAAGAUAUAAUUCUAAGUACACUCAAGUCACAGAACCUUUAACCUCCACCAAACCAUACAUCAGCAAUGUCACCCAAUAUUACUGCCAAUUGACAAUUACCAUGAAGGUUAGUACACCUUAUCUUCACAGUAUUUAUUCCCACAGAUCACUCCAGAAGUGAACAUAAAUGUGAAAUAUGAAAUGAAAUAUUUUAUUAUGACAUUUUCAAGAAAAUAGACUGUGUGCAUGUGACAAUAAUAUUUAUUGAAUAUGUCAUGAAUUUGGAAGGGUGUGGGAAAACACAGGAGGAGUUGGAGGGGAGAGGAAGGAGUAGAAAUGAGGUAAAUACAGUACUCAUCUAUGAAAUUCUACAAAAAAUAAAAAGUAUUUAAAUGUUA